ACAACCUGUGGUCUCCCACUGCUUUGGUAGGAACCUUGUAAACACAGCAGCAGCCCCCCAGGAAAGUCUUGGAAGAAAGGAGAAGCUGAUCAGAUUCAGAGACUGAGGCAUCUGGGCCUCCAACCAAAGGCUCCCCUGGCCCUAAAAAGUCAGACUCCCGUCUCCUUAGCCCUUUCCCUCAUGGACCAGCAGGUGGCACCACCGACAGAGAUUUCAAAACCAAAACUAAAUUAAAGUGGAAACUCAGAUCUUUUGUUUAUGCAAAUAGUUCAUUCCCUGCAACAUUCCUCCGGGAAUGGUCCCCCCUCCAUUCCACAGAAAACCCUCCCCUCCCUGCUGUGCGUGACGCGGGCUCCCUCUGCACACAGUGCACGAAGACGCUGUCAGGAGAGCCCAGGAUUCAACACGGGCCUUGAGAAAUGUGGCUCUUGUACCUCCUGGUGCCGGCCCUCUUCUGCAGGGCAGGAGGCUCCAUUCCCAUCCCUCAGAAGUUAUUUGGGGAGGUGACUUCCCCUCUGUUCCCCAAGCCUUACCCCAACAGCUUUGAAACAACCACUGUGAUCACAGUCCCCACGGGAUACAGGGUGAAGCUCAUCUUCCAGCACUUUGACCUGGAGCCUUCUGAAGGCUGCUUCUAUGAUUAUGUCAAGAUCUCUGCUGAUAAGAAAAACCUGGGGAGGUUCUGCGGGCAACUGGGGUCUCCACUGGGCAACCCCCCAGGAAAGAAGGAAUUUAUGUCCCAAGGGAACAAGAUGCUGCUGACCUUCCACACGGACUUCUCCAACGAGGAGAAUGGGACCAUCAUGUUCUACAAGGGCUUCCUGGCCUACUACCAAGCUGUGGACCUUGAUGAAUGUGCUUCCCAGAGCAAAUCAGGGGAGAAGGACCCCCAGCCCCAGUGCCAGCACCUGUGUCACAACUACGUUGGAGGCUACUUCUGUUCCUGCCGUCCAGGCUAUGAGCUUCAGAAGGACAGGCAUUCCUGCCACGCUGAGUGCAGCAGCGAGCUGUACACGGAGGCAUCGGGCUACAUCUCCAGCCUGGAGUACCCCCGGUCCUACCCUCCUGACCUGCGCUGCAACUACAGCAUCCGGGUGGAGCGGGGCCUCACCCUGCACCUCAAGUUCCUAGAGCCUUUUGAAAUUGAUGACCACCAGCAAGUACACUGCCCCUAUGACCAGCUGCAGAUCUACGCCAACGGGAAGAACAUUGGCGAGUUCUGUGGGAAGCAAAGGCCCCCCGACCUUGACACCAGCAGCAAUGCUGUGGAUCUGCUGUUCUUCACAGAUGAGUCAGGGGACAGCCGGGGCUGGAAGCUGCGCUACACCACCGAGAUCAUCAAGUGUCCCCAGCCCAAGACCCUAGACGAGUUCACCGUCAUCCAGAACCUGCAGCCUCAGUACCAGUUCCGUGACUACUUCAUUGCUACCUGCAAGCUAGGCUACCAGCUCAUAGAGGGGAACCAGUUGCUGCACUCCUUCACAGCUGUCUGCCAGGAUGAUGGCACAUGGCAUCGUGCCAUGCCCAGAUGCAAGAUCAAGGACUGUGGGCAGCCCCGAAACCUGCCUAAUGGUGCCUUCCGUUACACCACCACAAUGGGGGUGAACACCUACAAGGCACGUAUCCAGUACUACUGCCACGAGCCAUAUUACAAGAUGCAGACCAGAGCUGGCAGCAAGGAGUCUGAGCAAGGUAGGAACCAACGCAAAUGGAAAUUUCCUCCCUUUCAUCCCCUUGGA